UUUACAUGUUCUUGAGUUUUAUAACAUCAAAAAAUGACUUUGGGUUAACUUUCUCCGUGUAUCACAGUUAUAAAUAACAAAUACUGAGAUGAGUGGAGCAGCUAAGAAAGGUCCUGGUAAUUUGAAAUUGCUGAAAGAUGCCUUUUUUAUUACAACUGGUGGCACUGUUAUGUUUGCUGGACAUCAGAUAUAUAAAGGAAACGAGAAGUUUUAUAAAGAGUAUGUAAUGCCAUUUUUCCAACUGUUUGAUGCUGAAACAUCUCACAAGAUGGCAGUGAAGGCAGCAAAGUAUAAACUGGUACCUAAAUCAAAGAUAACACCACAUCCAGUGCUGGCUUCAAGGGUAUUUGACAGAGAUUUUCCUAGUCCAGUAGGGUUAGCUGCAGGUUUUGACAAAGAUGGGGAAGCUGUCGAUGGCAUGUUAAAAAUGGGAUUUAGUUUUGUUGAAAUCGGCAGUGUCACACCUAACCCACAACCUGGUAAUGAGAAACCUAGAGUAUUCAGACUCAAAGAGGAUAAGGCAGUUAUAAAUAGGUAUGGUUUUAAUAGUGAAGGUCAUGAUAAAGUUUAUAACAGACUCAAAGUUCGAGAAGUAGAGCCUCCUGUUGUUGAGUUACUACCCCACUUUCCACAAAUGAGUGAAGAGAGAAACAUGUUAAAUAUAAAUCUAUGGACAGACACCACUGUCCCAGAUGAUAUAAGGCUCCUUAAAGUUCCCGGCAUCAUGGGUGUAAACCUGGGUAAAAACAAAACCUCGUCUUAUCCCGUGGAGGACUAUGUACAAGGUGUAAGAAAGUUUGGUAAAGUGGCUGAUUACCUCGUCAUAAACAUAUCUAGUCCUAAUACUCCAGGCUUACGAGCUAUGCAAGGGAAAGAUAUGCUAGAUACACUGUUAGAAAAAGUAUUAUCAGAGAGAGAUCAUAUACGAGGUAGAAAGCCACCAUUGUUAGUAAAAAUAGCUCCAGAUCUAACAGAUCAAGAUAAAAAAGAUAUUGCUGAAGUUGUUUUAAAUAGAAAGGAAUCUCUUGGAGGGUUAAUUGUUAGUAAUACUACAGUGAGUCGACCAGACUCACUAAAAAGUUCACAUAAAGAUGAAGUUGGAGGCUUAAGUGGAGAACCAUUAAAAGAUCUUUCUACAAAGACCAUAUCUGAUAUGUACAGGUUAACUGAAGGAAAAGUACCAAUUAUAGGAGUAGGUGGCGUUGGUUCAGGUGAAGAUGCCUAUGAUAAAAUCAAAGAAGGGGCUUCAUUAGUCCAGUUAUAUACAGCUUUAAUUUACCAAGGUCCACCUGUUAUAGGCAAAAUUAAUAGGGAAUUAUCAGAAUUAUUAAUAAAGGAUGGUUAUAAAAGCAUUACAGAGGCAGUUGGAGCCAAUCAUAAAACAAAAUCAUGACAAAGGAAAGACUUAGGUUCAUAAAACUAGUAUCAAUUCUGCUGGACAAUAUUGACCAUGAGAACCACAUGACCAGUAUGUCUGUUAUGAAUCAUGUCUGGUAUAAAUUUGCUGCUUGAAUGUAAAAAGAAAUGAUGUUUAUUAGAUUGUGGCUAUGCUUGAGUAUGUCGAGAACAAUAUUUUUUAAAGAUCUUCAUAUAAGUUUGUAUAACAGAACUCAACAAUCCCCAACUUUUUUUGAGAUUUUUAAUUCUUGAGUAUAAUUGGUCAUUAUAGUUUUGAGUUAGAAAACAUCAUUUUGUAUUUUUCGUAAAUUUUUUUGACACCCAAUUUCUAAAAUUUUAGAAAUGUUUGAUUUAUUGCUGAAAUAGCUAUUGAAAACUAUAUAAAAGACAAGUAUAACAAAUAAUUCAAUAUGCUUUUCAAAUCUUUGGGAUAACUCCUUCUUCCAUUUUCUCAUAUGUCUCUUUGAUUAUUUGGUUGAAUUAUGAUUAUUGAUAUAAGUCAAAUUCUUGAGUAUAAUUGGUCAUUAUAGUUUAGAGUUAGAAAAUAUAAUUUUGUAUUUUUUCAUAAACUUUUUUGACUUACUAAAGUAUUAUUACUUUUACAAUUCUGCAAUUCUAUUUUAGCUUUGGGACUUUGACCUGAGAAUAUGGUAUCUUUAAGUUUUGUCAUCAGCAUUUAAUAAAAAAUCUGAUAUAAGGGGGAGGGGUAAAAAGGUUAAAACAUUCGGAAUAUUGCUGUCUCCUUUUCUACCAACUUAUAGUUUUAUGUAGUAUGGAAAUUAUGUAUCUUGCCUGUAAUUGUUACUAUCGAAGCUUCAUUUGUUUACACCGAAUAUUAUAAGUAUGUAACACUAUUUAUGAAGGUUCAUCCAUACAGCUGUUUUUUAUGAUUCAUUCUGUGAAUGUAAAAUAGUAUAGAAGGUACAUAAACAUAUGUUACCAUGUGUAUACAUUCUGAUCAAUAAGUAUGUACUGUUACAAAACAGGUUUUCCUUUAUAAAUUGAUAAAUUUCUGAUCAUUUUG